ACUCAUACGUUUCAGAGAUCCAAGCAAUCACAUCCAAAAAUCUCGCUCAGGAUACCUUACCGGAAACAAAGAAAUUCCACACGUAUAAAAAGAAAGUGUGUUUCCCAGUGUCGUCUCCAUUCGCUGGGAGACUCGGCAACCUGGCACCUCUGCAUGCUUUCACCUUUACGGCUUUACCCCCCCCCCCCCCCCCCCUCUGCUUUUCGUCUUCUUCCUCACUCCCAUUCCCAUUUUGGCUUUCUGGGUCUUCCUGAUUCUGGCCGUUUCAAUGAGAUCUGGGUCUUCCACACGCCGACAUUGAUUUUUGGGUUUGUGUUUCGAGUUGUGAAGCUCUGAGACUAUGAAAGCGGGCCAGAAGGAGUUGGAGAAAGGGAUUUGGGAUCAGAUGAGAAGCCCCUCUGUAGGGACGCCCAAGGCCGGGUCGGGUCAGCAGAGCCGCGCCUUGCCGAAGAUCCUGGUCUGGCUCAUCCUCUCCGUUUCGGUCACCUACAUGGUCUACACACUCAAGCUCGUCUCAACCUCACGCGCCUGCGACGACGAGCCUUUUUCCAAUCCCCGCCACCGGCUCUCUUCCUCUUCUUCGUCCUCGGAGCCGAACAACAUCACCGAAUCGUCGAUUAAGGGGCACCGGAGAACGGAGCUCCGGAACGUGGUGUUCGGAAUCGCGGCCUCGGCUAAGCUCUGGGAGAAGAGGAAGAACUAUAUCAAGCUCUGGUUCAAGCCCAAGGAAAUGCGCGGGGUAGUGUGGCUGGACCGUUCGGUGAAGAGCUCCCGCGACGAGGGCCUACCGCCGGUGAGGAUCUCCGGUAACACGUCUCGGUUUCCGUACACGAAUCGGCAGGGGCACCGGUCCGCGAUUCGGAUCUCGCGGAUCGUGUCCGAGACGCUGCGUCUCGGGCUCGAGGACGUCCACUGGUUCGUGAUGGGCGACGACGAUACCGUUUUCGUCACAGAGAACUUGGUCCGGAUUCUCCGAAAGUACGACCACAACCAGUUCUACUAUAUCGGAAGCUUAUCGGAGAGCCACUUGCAGAACAUAUACUUCUCGUACGGCAUGGCCUACGGAGGUGGAGGCUUCGCUCUCAGCUACCCAUUAGCGAAAGCGCUCGCCGGAAUGCAGGACCGGUGCAUACAGAGGUACCCGGGGCUGUAUGGCUCCGAUGAUCGCAUGCAGGCUUGCAUGACCGAACUCGGUGUCCCGCUCACCAAAGAACUCGGCUUUCACCAGUAUGAUGUGUACGGGAACUUGUUUGGGCUUCUUGCGGCGCAUCCGGUGACGCCCUUGGUGUCGUUGCAUCACCUUGAUGUGGUUGAGCCCAUCUUCCCCAACGUGACUCGGGUUCAAGCCCUCCAGCGGCUUACCAUACCUAUGAAGUUGGACUCUGCAGGGCUCAUGCAACAAUCGAUUUGCUACGACAAAUCUAAGAGUUGGACUAUUUCGGUUUCAUGGGGCUUUGCUGUUCAAAUAUUUCGGGGAGUCUUUUCUCCCCGCGAGAUAGAAAUGCCUUCGAGGACAUUCUUGAAUUGGUACAGAAAGGCGGAUUAUACUGCAUACGCAUUCAACACCCGUCCGGUUAGCCGAAACCCCUGCCAAAAACCUUUUGUAUUUUACUUGUCAACGGCAAGAUUGGAUUCUUCGAUGAACCAGACAGUGAGCGAAUAUGUUCGGCAUCGUGUCGCUCACCCCGUGUGCAAGUGGAAGAUGAGUGAUCCUGCCCGUGUCGACAGAGUGGAGGUCUAUAAGAAACCUGACCCAUAUCUAUGGGAUAGAUCUCCACGAAGAAACUGUUGCAGAGUCAUGGAGUCGGAGAAGAAAGGCACCAUGGUGAUAGGUGUGGGUGUAUGUAGGGAAGGUGAGAUCAGUGAAGUAUAGCCAUAAUUGUUGAAAUCUUAGGCUGGGAGCUUCUUCUCAUCUGGGUUUUCUUCUUCAUCCUCUUCUCUAAUUCAUAGUCCAUUUCUUUAAUUGUUCUCCAUGUUCCUCCCAAAUUUUUAUUGUACAAAAAUUGUAGUUCAUACAUUUUGUAGAUGGCUGAGCAAUUGAGAAUUUUGUACUUGUUCGUUUCUAAAUGGGAAUCUUUAGGUGAGUCUUAUUAUCAAA